AUGACCAUUGGCGUCGUCUCUGCCUUCUUCUGUGCAGCAUUGCGCACGAUCUUGGCUGUAGUCCUUGGUCAGCUGUUCCAGAUUAUGAUGGACUUCGGCAGCGGUAUUUCCAGUGUGUCAUAUGCCAUGACCUCAACAUCACAAUGGUGUGUCGUUAUCUGCAUCCUCGCUGCGGGUGCUCUCGUUGGAAACUCCAUGCUACUAUUGAGCUGGUUCAUUUCCGGCGAACUCCAGGCAAGAAGCGCACGGGAAAGCGUCUUCAAUGGGCUGCUUGCUCGUGAAAUGGGUUGGUACGACAAGCAAGCUGACGGCAUUCCCGCCCUUCUCAUCAGGAUGGAAACACAGACCUGCGAGGUCCAAAUUGCAACAUCUCAGGUCCUUGGUUUUAUUGUCGCCGACUCAGUUUCCUCGGCUGCAUGCCUCACUCUUGCCUUCAGUCUCUCCUGGAAGUUGACACUCGUGUUGAUUGCAAGCCUCCCUUUCGCAAUUGCUGCCCUUUCCUUCGCCAACCGAAGGCUCCAACCCGCCAUCGUAAAUCAAAAGCAGCAUCUCACUGAUGGCUGUAAGCGAGUGCAAGCAUGCAUAGCCGCGAUUGAUCUUGUCAAGAUAUAUAAUGGCUUCAAUCAGGAAGUAAUGGGAUAUGGCGAGACCUUGGAUGCGGCUAUGGAGCAGUACUUGGUGCAGGCCCGCGGCAAUGCCCUUCAGAUCUCAUUCAUGAGUGUCUGGGUGUCGAUAAUCUUUGUCGGCGGCUUUUGGAUCGGAUUAUGGCUCGUCACGAAAGGCGAGAGGUCCUCGGCAGUACUCACCACCUUUUACGCAACUCUGACGGCCUUGGAGGGAGUUUCCAACUUGAUGUUCCGGUGGCUAGUUUCGAACAAGGGGAUUGCAGCCGGGGAAGCUCUCAGUCAAAUGACAAAAGAGCCGUUGAGUAUGGAAAAGGCGUCCCUCGACUUCCCUGCAGAAGAAACACGAUUCAUAGUGGGCCGCAGCGGCUCGGGGAAAAGCACCUUGGGCAACCUCUUGGUCAACUUUUACGAACCUCUCCUGGGUGACAUAUUUACUGACAAUCUACCGAUCAAGAUCAUGGAAAAAGAGUGGCUUUGGAGGAACAUCACCUUGGCCCAGCAAGACAGCGCAGUCUUCGAUAACACAUUGCUUUGGAACAUUACUCUUGGCCAUCCCUUUGCGGCAAACGAGGUUCGAACGGCAUGCGACAUGUCUCUAUUGCAGUCCCCUAUCUCCUCUCUACCUUCUGGGCUGAAGACCUGGGUUGGGACAAUUGGGCAUAGACUCAGCGGCGGACAGAGACAAAAGCUUGCACUGGCUCGAGCAAGGCUGCGGGAUCCCCCCAUUCUGAUAGUAGACGAGAUCAAAAGCGGACUAGAUGGAGAGACUAAAGCAAUGGCCAUGGAUGCAAUUCAAGCUUGGCGAAAGACCAAAACCACCAUUAUCAUCACACACGAUCUUUCCCACAUCAAACAAGACGACUACGUUUACGUUCUGAACGGCGGGUGUGUCGUCCAGGAAGGUAGACUAGAGGAUAUAUCGCGAGAUCCCCAUGGGGUUUUUGCACAUAUUGCUGCUGAUGAGAUACGGGAAGUGAACGACCCAAACCAGAGCUUGCCCCCUGAUAGAGUCAACGUACAUCCCCUAGUCCCUGAGCUCGGGAACCUUCAACCCUCGUUGCAAUUUACAAGACACAGGUGCGGCGACCUUCUAGGAUCAAAUGAGAACAUCAAGCCUACCAAAUCCCAUAUCUGGGACAACAUGGUAUCUGUUCAGGCCGCGGGCUACAAUGCUAAGGCUGCCAGAAAAUCCGGGCAACUCCUUCGUCAAAAGCACAUUCUUACCACCAAUGACGGCCUGGAGCUCGAACAAGAGAAUGUCGCCCAGGUAUGGCCUUUGGAAACCAACUUCGAGCAUAUUUCUGCUAUCCUCCAUACCGUGUGGCCAAACUUGGCACCGACACCCAAACUCAGACUCGUGGUUGGACUGAUACUCUGUUUGAUCGCUUCUGGCUGUACCCCAGUGUUUGCUUUCUGCUUCGCUCAACUUCUCGCAUCAUUCUGGGCUACAGAAGACCGUCUUUCUAUCGGCCAAGAAUGGGUCAUUUGUUUGCUGAUGGUGGCUAUACUCAAUGGACUGUCUGGUUUCCUCGGGCGUUACCUCAUGGAACACGCUAGUCAGGCUUGGGUGAUUUCCCUUCGCCUAAAAGCCAUGAGGCGUAUGCUCGAAGAACCAAAGACGUGGUUUAAAAAGCUCGAGGACCCGGCCAGCCACAUUGGCGAGUGCUUGGACAAAAAGGCUGAGGAGAUGCGGACGCUGGUCUCUCGUUUUGUGCCUCUUGUUGUCAUGAUCGUGGCGAUGGCCAUCAUCUUGACGACAUGGGCACUCAAUACCUCGUGGAAGCUCACGUUAGUAGCACUAUCCAGUCUCCCAGCCAUUAUGGCCUCGCUAAAGGUGCUUUCUGUGGCAGGCAGGAAGUGGGAGACCCUCUGUAAUCGGGGGGCCGCCACGACGGCGUCUGUCAUUCACGAGGCGCUUGGAAAAAUCCGUGCUACCAAAGCAUUCACGCAGGAGAAGUACUUUAGCCAGAGACACGCUGAACUCACCGCUUCGACGUACAGACUCGGGUUAGAAAGAGGACUCUAUCUAGGACCGCUCUUCCGCUUCAACGAAUCUAUCAGUUACUUCGUCGUUGCGCUUGUCGGUUGGUAUGGAAUCCACUUGACCGCCAAAAGACUCGAGAUGACGGCAACCAGUUGCCAGCAGGUGGCCAACUUGCCCCUGUUCUGCGUUGUACAGACUGCUGGUAUGUUGGGCAUGAUGCCCCAGGUGUCUGCAUCGCAAGCCGCGGCCAGCCAGGUGCUCAUGUUGGCGACUCCGUCGACGAUAACGUUGUUGAAACCAGAAAAUUCUGAAAGGCUGACGUCGAUAUUCCCGAUCAAGGCACGAAAGGUCUCGUUCGCCUACCCUUCACGUCCGGCUCACCGGGUCUUGCGGGACAUCGAAUUGGAUAUCGACCGCGGCCAAUACGUGGCCAUAGUUGGACCGAGCGGAUGUGGCAAGAGUACUAUUCUGUCUCUCCUUGUUGGAUUGUACUGGCCAUCUCUACAAGGUUCAGCACCCAGGAACAACUCGGCCCAGCUCACGUAUGGAGGCAUCGCGUACGAUCAGAUCCAGAGGGAUGACCUUUGCUCUCUCGUAUCCUUCGUCCCGCAAAGCCCCUUCCUUUUCCCAACAACGAUAAGGGAAAACAUCACAUACGGACAAACAGAAACCUCGCAACUGCUUGACGAUAGCAACGUCAGGAGAGCCGCACGAGAGGCGGGGAUUCACGACUUCAUAUCGUCCCUGCCUCGGGGCUACAAUACGAUUGUCGGAGAUGGGGGCCUGACUCUUUCAGGAGGUCAAUCGCAGCGAGUGUGUAUAGCUAGAGCACUAGCACGCAGACCACGACUUUUGAUCUCGGACGAAGCGACAAGUGCGUUGGAUAACUUAUCUGCGGAGACAAUCCGGCAGACACUCUGUGGUAUCUUGGAAAGCACGGAGAACUCUGGCGCGAGCGUCGUAGUGGCCACGCACGAUCGGGAUAUGAUACAUUUUGCCCAUCGCAUAGUUGUGGUGGAGGACGGCCGAGUGGUAAAUGAGGAGAUUUUUCAAGAGUUACAGCACCGUAAGACACCACUCUCAAAAAUCGCCGAACAAGGUCAGUAG